AUGCGUAAGCCGGCUGCACCUGACAUAACAUUUGAGGACUGGAUAAUUAGCCAGCAGGAUAAUAACUCCUUUGAGGAGGGAGACGAUCUCCUAAACAGCCCUAGAGAUGAAGACUCUACGUACGCUCGCGCCGUCAGCCCCCAAGGAUCUAAUACCUCGAGUAAUAGUGAAAUUGAAAUGGAGGCCGAAGGUCUCUGUUCUCAAUGCAUGCGACUCGUGAACCACGUUGAUUCAAUAAGGGGACAAAGCGGGCACAACAUGGAUAUUCCUAUGCGAACCAAGCUAUCUGCCAUGAGAACCUCUCCUUGCGACAUCUGCAGAAUCAUAUAUCGAGGCCUAGACGAGAUUAUGGGCUUCAAUGAGAUUAACGACUGGUUCUUCCGAUUAACAGUAGCCGUUGACUAUUUCUUUCGCGUAAGCUCUAGAGGCGUUAAACCUCAUAAAGGCCCCGGCUUAUACAAACUACCAGACUGGAAAUGCGACCUUUACUUCUUUACCCCAGACGGUGGAAUCUGUCCUUGGGGUCUAUUUCCUACAUCGCCUCUUUAUAACAUCACGCCAAUUGGCUCUGAAAGAUUCUUCAAAAGAGCGCUGCAAUUCGUACAACAAUGCGACUUGAAUCAUUCGUGUUUACCGCAAGAUAAGACCUCAUUAUUACCUACGCGAGUGGUUGACAUCGGAAAAAGCGGCUUGGAUGACGUGAAAUUACUCUCUACAGAGGGCCGCAAGGGUCGGUACAUCUGUUUGAGCCACUGCUGGGGCGGACAUCAGCCAAUUCAGACGACGAGUCAGACACUAGAAGCAUACUCUACAUCACUCCCAUUUCAAAAGAUACCGAGAACCUAUCAAAUCGCAAUGGACUUUGCUCGUAGACUUGGUGUUCGUUACAUCUGGAUCGACUCCCUAUGCAUCAUUCAGGACGACAAGGAUGACUGGUCUCGCGAGUCCGCAAAUAUGUGCGAUAUAUACGAGAACAGUUACCUUACAAUUGCUGCAACAUCUUCCCCCAACUGUUCGUUUGAUAUCUUCAAGACAGAGUCGCGGAAACUAGCAGAUAUCGCCGGCCAAAGCGCCACCGGAAAACCGUACCGAGUAAUGGCUGUUGAUGGGCUCCGGCAUCCAGAUAUCGAUACACCACACGACAUCAUGUUAAGAGACUGGCCACUUUUGAGUCGCGCGUGGGUCUUUCAAGAAAGGCUUCUAUCCCCGCGCAUCCUGCACUUAACUCAAUUCGAGAUCAUCUGGGAAUGCAAGGACGGGUCCAUGUGCGAAUGUGGCAAUAUGCCAUCCUCCAGCAAAGAACACCAUCACACGCUUCUAGAAACGUUGUCCGGCUCAGCACUAGCGAUCAGAUGGCAUGAUAUGGCUGAAUGGUAUUCCAAACUGAGCAUAACGUACAAUUCAGACAAGCUGCCCUCAUUAUCCGGACUAGCGAAGCAAAUGGCGAAAAAGCGACCAGACGCGAAAUACCUCGCCGGGCUGUGGGAAGACUCGUUGGCCGUGGAUCUCCUCUGGAAAAGAAACGAGUAUGCGGAUAAACCACAUGCCCCGUCAGCCAGGAUAACCGAAUGGAUCGCGCCUUCGUGGUCUUGGGUCUCUCUUGGUGCACCGGUCCAUUUCCCCUUCGGUCCGUUGGUAUCUACCGGAAAAGGGGUUCCACGGCCGAAGGCAAACUGGGUCGAGACCUUUCCGAAGCUCUUCGAAAUCGAGUGCGAUUUAGCGACGUCUGAUAUAACGGGGAAGAUUUCCGGUGGUUUUAUCAAGAUUACCGGGAGAGUUAUCCAAGCCACUUUAAACACCACUCUCUCUUACGAUGGAAUCUCAAAGGUAAGUAGAGUUUCGCUGCCUUUAGAGGGAGAUGAGAGUCUUCACGCGGCUAUUAAGUAUUUCAACGACCCGAUGGUUUCGGGAAUUGUGGAUCUUGACUACCCGGAGGACUACCAAGGCGAUGAACAAGGCGGACAAUGGGAUGUGUUGGUGGUGCCGAUAGCAAGGGUUCAGAGAUUGGACGAGUCUAUUUCUCAAGUUGAAGAAGUCGACUACUCACUAGUACUUACAAAAAUUGACGACCAAGAAAAAUAUAAGAGAAUCGGGUUGGCGAGGGAGAAGAGAGAUUCGGGGGUUCAACGGUAUGUCGAUGACCCUGCGAUGAUGUGGCGGGAGAGGCCCGGUUGCUUUGCCAAUCUUGGUUCGGAGAAGACAGUCACGAUUAUUUGA